AUGAAGAGAGAUCACUAUGGGUCAGCCGAAGAGUACAUCAGUGACUACCAGAGACAAAUGAACAUACUGCGACGAUCCAAAAUUGCGCCACCACCAUUUAUCUCAACCGGAAUCAUGAUCCGACAGCUCCAAGACGAACUUCCGGACAUAGUCUUCAUGCAUGAAGCGUUGCGAAAAGUGAAAGAACCCCACGAAAUUACUCACGAGGACCGACAAGCAAUACGGUUCGGCGGCGGCAGUGGUGUUAUUGUCUUGGCGGUCGGUCCUGAAUUGGUUCCGACGGGCCGAGUGGGGGGAUUUUUGAAAUCCACGAUCCAUCGUGUUGUCACACCUCCUAGGGAUCAGAUCAACAUUCCUCGUCUUGGGUUGCUCUAUUUCUGUCGACCCGGGGAUAAUACGAUAAUGAAGACAGUACCCUCGCCCGUGCUGGACCGUCUUGGCCUACUUGUCGAAGACGACAAAGACCCGAACAAACAUGCUGCCACAGGAACGGAAUAUGUACGCGCUCGGGUUCGGGAUGUGCACUAUAAGAAGGUGAUCGACAAGAGGGAGAACACUUCGUUUGAGUUCAAGGGUUUGAAGGUUGCAAAUCAUUAUGAAUAA